AGACAGGGAGUGAAACAGCAGGGUUGGGCUUGUUCCCCUCUACUUUUCAAAGCUACAAAGGCAUCAGAGCCACUGAACAGUCCCAGUAGAGCUUCAGAGAGACGUUGACAUCCUCAAAAUUCCCGGGGUUUAGAGAAAGAGAAAGAGAGAUAGAGAUAGAAACAAAUAGCUGAUUUAAGGGAAACUUUAAGAGAUGACCCAGGGCAGGAAAAUGUGAAAGUGUGACAGUUCAGAAAGAAACUUUGACAGGUUUAAUGAAGCAGUGGAAGGAAGGGUGUUGUGCAUAAAAGACAACCCAACCAGUUCACUCUGCUCAGUGAUCUACAAGGACGACUGAGGGACCAAAAUGGAUGUGGUAACUUCUUUGCUGCUGUUUUUCUGCUCUCUCGGUGCUGGUGCGUCAUUUUGUGUACCUGGAUGUCAAUGUCAACAAACAAGAAUCGUGUGCCAUAGCCUUUCUGGCUUCCCCACACAUGUUCCGCCAUCUACCACCCAAAUCAGCUUCUCUGGUUGCAAAUUUUAUUCUCUGAAACAUGAAGAUCUCACUGAGUUUUCCUCUUCUCUUGAGAAGUUUGUGAUUGUAAACACUGUUUUGAGGGAGGUACGCCCUGGCACAUUCAACUCCUCAUUCAAUCUAAAUUUCAUUGCAAUAAUGGAGACUGAACUGCAGGAUCUCCCUGAGACGUUGUUUGAAAAGCUACAGAAACUUCAGACUUUGAAUCUGAAAUCCAACAAGCUCUUUGCAAUCCGGCCAAGGUGGUUUUCCCAGUUGACAGAGCUAGUACAACUGGACAUGAGCAAGAACCGCUUCACUUAUGUACCAGUGGAAAGCUUUCAGGCCCUAAAAAAGCUGAAGUUUUUAUCACUUGCUGCAAACAAUGUAAGUCAGCUAUUCAGUGACACAUUCAAGGGUCUUUCUGAACUAAAAAUCCUGCGCCUUAACAGAAACCUUCUGUCGGAGCUUCCAGCUGACAUUCUGAAUGACCUUGUUAACCUGGAGGAACUGAGUCUCCAGGACAAUCUAAUUACUUAUCUUGACCAUGUACUUUUUUCAAAGACUCCAAAGCUACAGAAACUGUUUAUCUCCAACAACAGACUGAGGUCUCUUCCACAGGGGAUUUUUUGUAAUUUGCCUCUCCUCUACCAGAUGUCCCUGUAUGAAAAUCACCUGAACAGUCUGGGUCCAGGGGUCUUUGGGACAAUGGCCCUGCGGGAGCUGUGGUUGUAUGACAACAAACUAAGCCGUGUGGAUGAUGACACAUUCAGGAACCUGACUCAGUUACGUCUUCUGGUUCUCAGUCGCAACCAGAUCAGCUAUGUGUCUGAAGGCGCCUUUAGAGGUUUGACAAAACUUGGGGAGGUCUCACUGCACACCAAUCGACUCACAAGCCUACAACCCAGAACUUUUGAAGAACUACCCCGUCUGGUCAACAUAUCUUUGGAGCACAAUUUCAUCACCUCCCUUCCAUCGGAUUUUCUGAAGGACCUGAACAACCUAGGAGAGAUUGAUCUGAGGAACAACUCACUUCCUAACUUGCCCCAGCACAAUCUAGAUUCACUUGCUAAAGCAGAGAAUGUCCUUUUACAGCAGAAUCCCUGGAGGUGCGACAAGAAUAUUUUGCCUCUGAGGAACUGGCUCAAACUGUACCCAUCCAAGGUCAACCAAACUCUUGUGGUGUGUGAGACUCCUUUGAAUCUGAAGGGUGACAUAAUAGCAACGCUUUCAGAUGAGGAUCUGAUGACUGUCAGCCCUUCUGAAGACCCUGUAUCGGCCUCAACUGAGAAGAAGAGACCCCAUACAGAUCUUCCCAAACAAAGCUCGCCAUCAGCUGAGGUGUUGACCACACCAACAUCAGGGCAAGAGAAUGUGACCAACAGAGGACAAGGGGGAGGUGUACAGACUAAUAAUAUUUCUCUUAUUCUUAUUGCACUUGCAGUAGUCAUUAUCAUUAUUGCACUUGUCAUUAUCUGUUCAGUCAUCAUUGGCUGCUUUUGCUGGAAGAGAAACAGGAGAGGAAAUGAAAAUAUAAGCCAAAUGAGUCGGAAUUCAGUGCUGUAGACUAGAUCAGAAUCAGAGACUUUUAAAGGAAAGGGAAAAGUUCAUUGUUGAUUGUAGAUCCUCAAAGGCCGCACUUUCAAUAUUUCAGUAUUUGUCUUCUGUUAUGUGACUCAAAAAUGAAGGACAUGAACAUUUCAUUCACUAGCUGUAAAAUGAAGAACCAUAUAAUGUUGUGACCGACCAGCACCUUUGUCUGAAAGGUGAACCAGGCCUCUGUAUUUGGCAGUAGCCAUGACAGUUUGAUUUCUCUAUAAAUAAUUCAAUUAGUAAGCAGUUUAUCAUUUGUGGCAUAAGGCUAAUGCAAUGUGUAUUUGACUACACUAUAACACAGUUUCAAUGCAAAAUGCCUGAUUAAAUUUACAACUUUUGUUCUUAAUAACAGACUGCUUGAUGUUUUUACUACUAUAGAUAUUCAUAUUAACAACAUAGCUGGUGUUAUCUCAACAUGGCUGGUGUUAUCUCAGAAAACAUGAAGAAAAUCUUCUAAAUCAGUCUGACUGAAAGAAGGCUUUGUGCAUUACAAUGUUCAUUUUGUUGACAAAACUUUUUAGUGACAGUUUUCAUUAUUGAAUCCUUUUUUUAUGUUGACGAAACAAUUUUAUUUAGUAACUAACUAAAUAAAAUAUUUUUUUGUUCCAUAUGAAAAUGUGGGUAUUGUCUUUGAGACCACUUUAGAUUUUGCUCAAAGCAGAACGUAUCAUAUCGUUGAGAUAUGGUCUCAUAUCUCAACGAUAUGAGACCAUUUACUAAUAUUUAGUUGAGUGAAACUAAAAUUACAAAAGAUGAUUUAGUUGUGAUUAAAACUAAAUUGGAUUUUACUAAACAAAAUUCAAAUUAAAAUAUGCUGUCAUGAUAGAAGGAAACUGGGAAAUCAAGCAAUCUUGUAAUUCACUUCUAUCUGCAAUGCAUAUACAUGAAUGAAGAUCGCUGUUCUUUAAAAACCCAACCACAACAACGCCAUCUAGUGGAACGAAUAAAACUUCCCAUUUUAAAACAAGUUUACCAGACUGUAUUGCAUGCAAAGACCAGACAAAACAAACGGAUGUUGAGUCUUUUAACCAUCAAUUCUCUGCGGAGGGAAUCAGGAACACCAAUUAGGAAGCUCUAGAUAACAUUCAGAUUGUAAGAAAUUGUCAGUGUUUAAAGUUGUGUUUCCUGCAGCUGUUGUGGGAAUAGAACCAGAAUAAAAAUAAUUCAUUUAAUUGUUAUAAAAUAGCUGCAUGCUCUCAAAACAUAAAUGCCCACAAAUCACAAAAUAUUAUAGAAGUCAUACUUCAGUUGUUAAUAAACAAAACUACCCUUAUAGACAAAAUAGCUAUUGAAUUGAGAUAGCAGAGAGCAUUACAAUAGAUAUGUGCUUUUCAGGCUUGGUAUUCACGUGUUGUAGUGGAAUAUUUACUGCAUCUUACUGAAAUACAACUUCUUUCACCAAAAUCUAGGAAGCACAAUGGUAUCAUUAUAUGCAUUUUUUUAAACAUUAUUUAUUUGUUUGUUUUAAUUCCAUUAGUCAUUCACUCAGAAUACACAUAAAGACAAAUCCUGACAGAGGUUUAAGAGUGAGACACAGUAAAAAAGAGCCAGCUGGAUCAGAAAAAUGGAAAAAGCUUAAGAAAUUUUGCAUUCAUUUUGAUCUUAAUCAAAGCUGGUAAAAUUUAACUUGUUUGUGACCAAUGCAGAGAGUUCUUCCAGUCUGAAGCAUCAUUUAAAUCAAGCAGUUAAAACUACCAAAUGACCCACAUAAACAAACAACAGAGGGAGGUUUUCAUGGAUCAUGAUCCAUUCAGAGUGAAUAUCAAUAAGAGCAAAGUGGAGACAUC